AGGGAUGAGAAAUUUUUUGAGAAAGAGACAUUUUAGAGAGAGGAAAGAGAUGAGAGAGAAACAUGGAGUCUAAGACAGCUGGGUUGAUGGAUUUGGAUUCUCAUUAAAAAAAAGAAAAGCUCCAUUUCUGAGGCCUCUUCUCUCAACCCUUCAUUCUGAAUCCCCAUUUGCUGGGUCGUCACAGAUACUCUCAACUCUCACAAAUUCAAACGCACAGAUUUCUCCCUCUCCAAACGACAUCGUAUCACUCAUCGGAAUUUGCCUCGCGCAAGGUACUACCUGAAUCUAAAAAUAGUUGGUCAAGCAUUCUACGGUUCAGACGGAAUACUGAUAUGAGACUUGAAUCGGGGACUUGUAAUGUGUGCUCAGCUCCUUGUUCAUCUUGCAUGCAUCUUAACCAUGGUCUCAUGGGCUCAAAGGCUGAAGAGUUUUCCGAUGAAAACUGUCGCUUAGGAGAAGCUAAUAAUCAGUAUUCUAUGGAUGAGGGUAAUGGUUAUUCUCUGAGGAGCAGAGCUUGUGAAAGCUCACAGCAUGCUGUCAGUGAAGCCAGUAAUAUGCGGAGUGUUAAUUCAAGUCAUGAUUCUCUAUCUGAAAAUGCUGAGAGCAGACAAAUACUGUCGAGUAAGUAUCAGGAUUCCAAGUAUUUAGAAGGUCAUGAUGACAACACUUCUUGUAUUAGUAGAGCCAGUGAUACUAAUUUAGUGAAUGAUAGCCAUCAAAGGAAUGCGGAUAGAAUAAAUAAAUCCUGUAGUUCAGCUUCAGUUAGUCAAAUAGGGGCAGAAGGAUCUGGAAGUGCUCCAUCAGUAGACACUAGCCAUAGUUCACCUAAUGUACAAAAGUUAUGUGAGCAAUCUUGUUGUGGUAAAUCUCUCUCUGGUAAUCCAAACUUAAUGCAUGUGGGAAGGGAUUUGUGUUCUCAUAUCCCAGAAAAGUUGUCAGAAUGUUCUAUUGAGAAUUCUAGUUCGUCAUUGACCAAAGAGAGGGAGCCUAUUGUUCUGGCUGGUGAGAAAAUUAUUGUGGAGAAGGAUGGCCUUAAUGAGAGUACUUCUGAGAUUUUACUAAAAGUAUGUCCAAAGUCAGAAGCAGAUAGUGAUGCCUGUGAUGCGAACGAUGAAGGUCCUAAGUGUUCAGUCCUUGAUGAACAGCAUAAGAAAGAUGAAGAACUGGUGAAAUCACAUGGUGAGCAGGAACCUCAAUCUGAAGAUGAGAGUGAUGAAUCAGAUGUUGUGGAACAUGAUGUAAAAGUGUGUGACAUCUGUGGAGAUGCUGGUCGUGAGGAUCUACUUGCCAUAUGUAGUAGGUGCAGUGAUGGCGCAGAGCACACCUACUGCAUGCGAGAAAUGCUUCAGAAAGUCCCUGAAGGGGAUUGGUUGUGUGAAGAAUGCAAAGAUGCAGAAGAGAAUGAAAAUAAAAAACUGGAUAUUGAAGAAAAGAAAAUUGUUGAAGUUAGUUCAACCUCACAAGUUUCUGGCAAGAGAGUUUCUGAUAACAUUGAAGUAGCUCCAGUAGCAAAAAGGCAAGGUCUUGAAUCAAGCACAGGAUCACCAAAGAUUUCGAGCCCGAAGAUAUCAGUUCCACCAUCACGAGAAUCUUCAUUUAAGAUCUUAGAUAAAUUUAAAGUGAAGCCUGGUCUUCAGAUGCCAAUUCGUAACCACUCUGGUGGUAAUGAUACAGAGAGUGCUCGUUCUCCUUCCAUUGGCCCCCGCAGUCAAAUUUCAAAGAGUAUGUUGCUGAAGUCUAAUUCAUUCAACAACCUAGAUUCCAAGCCAAGGGUCAAACUUGUUGAUGAAGAUGUUCCCCAAAAAUCAAAAGGGAGUAAGGAACAUACUUCAAAAAAUGUGGAGACACCUGCUCAGAUGACAAGCAAAUCAACAUUAUUCAAAUCCUCUAGUUUGGGCCGAUCAACUGCAGAGGAAUCAAAAGUUAAAAUGCUUUCACCCAAGUCUGUAACUACUAAGGAUUUUAAAAUAUCUAGACAUUUAAAAGAAUCAGGUGCAUUUGACAUGAAAUAUCUGUCUCGGAUUGAUCGUCCUGUGGCUACUUCUGUUGCUUCUACUGCUAAGGGUGAUCAAAAGCUUACACCUUGUGGUGAAACCUCUAAACCUUCAGCAGUUAAUAACAGUCGAGAGUUGAAGGUUAACCAGGAUGGAAAAUUCAGUGCAUUAUCAAAGUCUAUAAGAAAUAUAGGCCGCAAAAGUUCGGAGCCUGAAGUUAGUUCAGAGAGAACAUCAACCCGUAUUGAUGAAGCUCUACAGGAUGUGUUGCCUCGAUCACGAGAGACAACAAAUCAGGUUGAGAAAACCAGAGAUAUUUCCAGUGAUCGUGUAAGCCUAGUAGUUUCUGCUUCUUCAAAAAAUCCAUUCUGUCCAAACUGUAAGGAAUUUGGCCAUCCUUUGGAAUGUUGCAUGGCUGGUACUGCCCAGGAAUCUGGUGCUGAAAUAUCUGUCACUACCUCAAAUAGUUCAAAAGUGGAGAUGCAUAAAGGCAAUAAGUUGAAAGAUGCAAUCCAGGCUGCUUUACUUAGAAGGCCUGAAAUUUGCAAGAAGAAAGAAGUAUCUAAUCAAACUGACGAAGUUUCUGCAUUGGGCACAGAGUUGAAUUGUGAAGUGACUUCAAAUGUCCAAGUGUUGGUUUCCAGCACACCAAAGAACGGUAUAUCUGCUGAUGAAACCCACGAACAACAGGAAAUCCUUGAGAAUUAUUCAUUGGAUUCUUUGAAAUGUUCAUCUGCCAACAAUUUGAAGCAACAAAACUAUUGUCCAACUGACUUUCGUUCCCAUCCAGGAAAGUCAGAUGCCAUUGGUCUUACUGCUGGAAAGCUUGUUGUGAGAGACUUGUCUAAUAAAGCCAUUACGAUCUCAACUGUUCCUCUGAAGAUGUUGGCCUUUCCUGAUUAUGAAUACAUCUGGCAGGGUGUCUUUGAAGUUCAUAGAAAUGGAAAGCCUCCUGACUUAUGUACAGGUGUUCAGGCACAUUUAUCCUCUUGUGCUUCUCCCAAGGUUCGUGAGGUAGUGAGCAGUUUUCUACCCCAAGUUCCCCUCAAUGAAGUUUCUCGCUUAAGCACGUGGCCUUCUCAAUUUCAUCAUGGCGGUGCUAGAGAAGAUAAUAUUGCACUUUACUUCUUUGCCCAGGAUAUUGAAAGUUAUGAGAGACACUACAAGGGUCUAUUGGAUCACAUGAUUAGAAAUGAUUUAGCACUUAAAGGAAUAUUUGAUGGUGUUGAACUUCUCAUAUUCCCGUCCAAUCUGCUUCCUGAAAACUCACAAUGCUGGAAUAUGUUGUUUUACUUAUGGGGCAUAUUUAGAGGGAGGAGGAUUAUUCAUUCAGAUUCUGCAAAAAAGACUUGUAUUCCCAGUUUGAGUGCGCUACCAGUUGAGGUGAAUUCUUCAGCUGUUGUGACUUCGCCUGAAACCCUUUGUUCACCAAAAUGUAUGCAUGAAGAAUCAAUUGAUUGUGAUAAAGCGUGCAAUGCAGUUCUCCCAUCCACAUCCAUAGACCAACAUCAGAUUGCUGCAAGUAGGAAUAUUGAUGUCAAUCACCAGACACAUCUGCAUUCACAAGAAAACUUAGGGAAGCUAGAUGGUAGUAUUGACUCGAAAUCUACAUCAAGGGUUCCAAGAAACAGUUCUCUGUUAUGUCAAGAAAUGAAAUCCGCUGGUUCAUCCCUGAAAGCUGGUGAACUUGAACAUGGAAAAUAUAGAGUAUCUAAACCUUCUGAUGCAAUGGGAACAAGUGUAAGGAGUAGGAUUGUGGAAGCAAAAACUGAUUCUGAUAUUACUGGCAAGCAAGAGAAUGGUUUGUAUUCAUUGAUUCCUUUUGAAAAAGUUGCUGCGAGCAUUGAUAGGAAAGAAAUUUUUUUGCAUGGAAUAAAGGGUGAUGAAGAUGAGCAAAGCUCUAAGAGGAAACAAAAGGAGGAUUUUCACAAUGUUGAUUUGGAGGCAAACAUUGACAAUAAUCAAGAAACAGAUGCUGCAAGCAAUUUUAGAAAGGAUAGGGGUUCAAAAUCAAUGAUUAGCAACGUUGAAGAUCAACAAAGGCCCAAGAGGAAACAGAAAGAUGAACGCUAUAUUGACUUGGAGGCAAAUAUUGAAAAUCAAGAAACAUGUGGAGCAACCUAUAUUAGUAUGGAUAAAAGUUCAGAAAAAAUUGACAGUGAUGAAGACCAGCGACUGCUUAAGAGGAAACAAAAAGACAAUGAUCAUCACUACAUUAACUUGGAGGCAGCUUUUCAGGAUGAGCUGUGUGAAGGGAACUGUCAACUACCUAAUGAUAGAGAAGUUCAGAAUGUAGAUUUUUCUGACACAAUUAUGGGGCCUUCAGUAGUCAGUUGUCAGAAAAUGCCUUGGAAUGAGGGAAAUGGAAAGUUAGAAGAUGGAGAAAGUUCUAGUAAGAAGCUAAAGACAGGUUUCAGUAGGAUUUAUGAAUCUUGCAGUUCUAGAGGUGGAAGCUCCUUUAGUGACAGUUUUACAUCUCUUAGAAAUGACCUUGGUUCUUCAUCUUCAGUCAAGGACAAAGGAUGUGAAGAAGCUUGUGAUGAGAAAAUCAUUCAUGAAGACUUGGGAACAAUGGAAAGAACCUUCUUUCCCGUUGAUACACACAAUAUUAGUGACGCCCAAUCGGUGCUGAAUAGCAUGUCAAUGAAAGGCCUUCGUGAGUCUGAGGAACAAUUUCAAGAUGUGAUUCCCAAUCUAGAACUUGCUUUAGGGGGCAAAACAAAACCACUGCUGGCGACACCACCACCUGCUCCUAAGGGUAUGCUGCCUUUCUUAGUUGGGGCAGUAGACAGGAAAAAUAACCAUCCAAAUGGCUUAGGAGAUGGGCAGGAGGAUGAUGCUGUUGCUGCAUCUCUUUCACUUUCUCUAUCCUUUCCAUCUUCAAACAAGGAACACAAAAAAGCUGCUUCAAAAGCUGAGCUUUUACCUGAGGGACACCCCGUGAACACCUCGUUGCUCCUUUUUGGAAGAUUCCCUGACAAAUAAAUUUGCUCGAUGCUUUAUGUUUCCAAUCUUGUAAAUUAUGUUGUUCUGGAUUGUCCAAUGUCCAUCCUGUAUGAUAGAUAAGCUUCCAGUCCCUAUACAAAGGAGCCAUUGUCCCCAACAAGAGUCAAUUUUUUUAGUCCUUUUAGAACUUUGUUAUAUACAUGUUUUACGUUAGCUUUUUUGUUUUCAGAAUGCAGAGUUCCGGCUGUUUGUAUAUAGAGAGAAUUUAAGCCGGUAUAAUUUCAAAAAUGUUACUAUGAACUUGCGGAUGAC